AAAUACUCCCUGCCGUCGCCGGCCACUGCCUCCUCCAUCCUCGGGAUCUUGCCCGAUCCAUUCGAGCCACCCGACCAACCUCCUUCUUCCUUGGGAUCCCUCCUGAUCCAGCCACCAUCCACCUUCUCUUAGUUUUCCCCACCGAUCCAACAGCACCUCCCCUCCCCGCCAUCUCUGCCUAACCUCGACCUCGCCGACCGGAGCACCAGGUCAUGCUGCACUUCCCCGUCGCCUCCAUCUCCUUCCUUUCCCUCUCCCUGUUUCCUCUCUCAGCUCUCUCCUUCUCUUAUUCACAGGAACAGGGGACGCCAUGGAUGACACGCGCCCGAGCUCCUUGAGCCCCGCCCGGAGCAGCCAAGCCAAUGGAGUUCCAUUCCCUCCAUGUCCACUCCAUCCCCUGCCUCGCAUGCCUCCUCUCCGCACCCCCCUCGCCAAGGUCUGCCGUCCUUAGCGUGGAGACUGACGCCGCUGCAACCACCAUGGUGCUCGGCCUCGUGCAGCUUCUCCAGGACACUUCCCCGUGCCCAGAUGCUCCACCGCCGCCUUGCUCCGUCCUCUCCGUCCCCGCCACAGAUGAGCAGCGCGCAGCCCCUUUUCCUUCUCCUGUCGUCCUCGUUCUCUCAACUCCCUCUCUCUGCUUUUCUACAGGAAGGUCACUCCUGCAGCCAUGGACGCCACAAGUAGAGGCUUGCCUUGCCGCCCUUGCAACCAUGGCCUCGCCUUCGCUCCUCCAACGACCGGCCUCGUCGUCGCCGGCAACCCCAGUUAACAGCAGCCUCCUUCAAGUUCGCCGCCUCGAGCCCCUGCCUCGACUCCUCGUGCGUGGAUCCUUUCGCCCUCGCUCCGUUCCCGCGGGAUCCGGCCGGAAGGAGCCCCGCCGCGGCGACCACCCUGCUUCCUGUCGCCAUGGCCGUCGGCCUCUAUUUUCCCGCUGUGAGCAACUUCCUCCGUAACCGAAGCUUCGAUCUUUUCCUAGAUCCGUUCUGGCAUGUAGAGGUUAUUUAGAGUUGCCACUAUGUU